AUGUUUUCAAACAAAUCCAUUUUAUUAGUUUUAUGUAUUGUUGGUGCAAUGGUUUUAAAUGGACAAGCUUUACCAUCUCAUCAACGACCUGAACAUAGUACAGGUGCAACACCACAAUCAACUCAACAUGUUACUUCAAAUCCAAAUAUUGAUUUAUUUUCAAUAAGUUCAACAAAUGAUGAUAGUAGUGAUGAUGAUGAUUUAACAACACCAACAACUGGCCUCAAUAUUCAUUUACCAACAAUUCCAUCUUUCACUGCUGUUAGUGAAGAUUUAGAUAAUAUUAUUGAUAAUCUUAAACCAACAUCAAUGCCAACAAUUAUUAUUGAUAACUCUGAACAAAUAACAAUGCCAACAAUUAUUAUUAAUAAACCUGAUCAGGUAACAAUGCCAACAAUUAAUAUUGAUGCUUAA